AUGGGCGAGUGGUCCCAUGCGACGUAUUACUCGUGCUCUGCUUCCUCUGUUGUCGUCUGGCUGUUCUUCUCUAUCUCUUUUCACAACAUCUUUCAGCAUCUCCAUCGCAAUGCUCCGCUACACUCCGCUUCCGCCCUCCGCUGUCUCGGCCUCCGCUCAGCGGCUGUUCCCGCCGAGCAGGGGGCGUCGGAGGUCCGCGUCGCGCUGAACAAACGCGACGAGCCCUCUCCAUCUCCGUCAUCUUCUGCUUUCACACCCACGACGCGGUCACCAUCAUCAUCAGGUGCCAUCCUCCCUAUCGUUAAUACCCUCACGCCGCUCAAGAACGACACCGACGCCGACGCCAUGCCGCAGAUCAAGCAUGGGCGCGUCCUCCGCAGCGCUACAGCCGCGGCGCGAUCCACCGCAACCUCCACCCAGGCGAUCGCCGGCAAUCGUAAGCGCACCACCACUGCUGCCGGCCACUUCCAGCAGGAAGACAGCGACGACAACAUCGUCGUGGCUCAUCCAGCACGCCGCGCUCGCCUCGGAGACCGCGAUGUCGGAGAUUCUGAAGAGGAGAACACUGUGGUCACUUAUCCAGCGCAAACGGUCAGCCACGAGGAACAGGAGCAGGACAUUGAUGAUGAGAUCGUGGUCACUCGUCCAGCAGGUCCAGCGUACACCAGCGAUGCCCAGCGCAACGCUGCUUUGCAGUCUCUCAAUCGUGUCUGCAACGGCUGCAUGGAGUACAUCCUCAACGAGCACUACUCCUGCCCGAGCUGCGACCGCGGCGAUCUCAAGCUCUGUCUGAUUUGUGUCUUCCGCGGUCAGCAAUGCCCUGUGCAGGGGCAUCAGCUUGUGAAGCGCCUGCUUAUGGACGGCCUCUGUCUGGACCUUGAGCCAGGAAGUAGUGCAGCCAUCGCUGCUGGAAACGCCACUGCUGGACACGUUCCUGCUGGACAUGUCGCUGGAGAUGCCACUGCUGGACACGUUCCUGCUGGACAUGCCGCUGGAGAUGCCGCCGCUGGAGAUGCCGCCGCUGGAGAUGCCGCCAAUGCUGUCCAAGCUGUCACCACCCACGCUCCGGACGUGCUCGAGAGAUGCAAUGUGUGUCUGGACGACAUCUUGCCGGGCCAGCAGCUAAAGCUACUGUGUCCAUGCGAGCAUGAGAUGCACCUGAAUUGCUUCGAUACCUACUACCGGUGGACGGAAUCCCAAGACAAGCCCCUCGUGUGUCUUCGCUGGUAUGUGUUCUCAACUUCCGAGCUUCUGCCGCUUGUACUGAUGAUGCGAUGACAGCACCCAGGAGAUCGAAGAAGUGAUCCCCGUGAUUAGUCACAGUGGUUGA